GAGCGGCCGUAGGAUGAGGGUGGUUACGCUGCUCCAUCUAGCUGAGAGAACCUGAAUCUGCUCAGCUUUACUUCCUGAUCUGCGGCGGUCAACACUACCAUACUGAGCCAAAACAUUCACAAAUAAAGGUGAUCAAUAUGAUGAACAGCGAAUUUGUGCUGGAGCUGAUCAGCGUCUUCCACACUGGACCCGUCGAGCCGGGGUCAUGUGUACAGAAGCUGGUCGGCAAUGUGCCUACUGGGGUCAUCCUCAAGGAUGUCUCUCUCGAGAUUCACGGAGGAGAGCUCAUGGCUAUCCUCGGCUCCAAGGGUAGCGGGAAGCGGGCGCUUCUGGAGGUGAUCUCCCGUCGUGCCCAGGGACCUACACGUGGUCAGAUCCUGCUCAACCACGUGCCCAUGUCGCUCAGGCUCUUCCAGGACUCUUGCGGCUACGUCACCCACAAGACCCAGCUGCUGGAGGGAGUCACGGCCAAGCAGACCCUUGACUACUCCGCCAAGCUCUCCCUCAGCUCUAAGAUUGGAAGUUCGAUGAGGUCAGGACGCGUGCGGCAGGUGCUGGCCGACCUGGCGCUGACGCAGGUAGCCAACCGCCCUGUGGAGCAGCUCACGCCCUCUGAGUACCGCAGGCUGGUCAUCGGUGUACAGCUCAUCAAGGAUCCCCUGGUGGUGCUGCUGGAUGAGCCGGCGUGGGGGCUGGACCCUCUCAAUACCUACUUCGUCAUCUCCAUCCUCAGUAAUCACGCCAAGAAGUACAACCGCAUCAUCAUCAUCACUAUGGAGAAGCCCAGGUCGGACAUCUUGCCGUUCCUGGACCGUGUGAGUUACCUGUGUCUGGGAGAUGUGGUUUACACGGGGUCCACGAGGCACAUGAUCGAUUACUUCAGAACCAUCGGCUUCCCCUGCCCGGAGCUGGAGAACCCCCUCAUGUACUACCUGUGUUUGUCCACGGUGGAUCGCCGCUCCAGAGAACGCUUUAUAGACUCCAAUAACCAGAUCGCCGCCCUGGUGGAGAAGUUCAAGGUGGAGGGUGGACCUUACCGUAAAUAUUCGGGUGGACCGCCGGACCUGGACCAGUUGGAGCACAAGGUGCCUCUCUCCGCCUACGGCAGACCGGGAAUUUUCUCUACCAUGCUGGCCCUCUUGUUGCGAGCGUUCACCAUGAUGUCCCCCUGCAGCUACGUGGGACUCCAGCAGCUCUUCUUCAGGCUGUUCCUCCUGCCAGCCUUCUUCUUCCUCCUCUGGAACUUUUACUGGCAACUCGAGCCGUAUCAGAGGUCGUUCCAGAGUCGUGGUGGUCUGCUGUUCAAUUGCUUGGCGGGAACAGCUUUCCUCGCUACCGCAGCUACCUCCAAAACAUUCGCUCAGCACAGGACACGUUACUACCACGAGGCGCGGGAGGGGCUGUACCGCGGACCGCUCUUCAUCUUGACCUAUUGCCUCUACACCCUCCCUGUGUCCUACCUCAGUGUCAUGCUCGCCUCGGCCAUCGUCUACUUUGGACUGUCUCUGGGUGACUCAGGGGUGGAUGGCCCUGACUGGCUGGGGUGGGCGGUGUUUGGGUCGGUGUUGUGGGCCGUAUGGGCGUUCGUGGAACAGCAGACCAUCGCCCUCAUGAUGAUCGUCAAGUCCUCGUACUCUGCAGGUGCCACCUCCGUCGCCCUCACCACCUUCUACCUACUCGUGGCUUCUGCCUCCCUCAGGUCGCUGGUACACCUACCUGACUGGCUCUACUACUUGGGUCACGUGAUCGUGUUCAGGUACGCCUCAGCGGUGUUGCACGAGCAAGCUUUCCUGGACAAGCUUCCCCAACUACCAGUGAACGCCAGCGCUGACUGCCCGGACAACAACGCCGAGUAUGGCUGCCGCUACAGGAACGGCACCUACUACCUCCUCGAGCGUUACCACUUCUCUGAGAACGGCCUCGAUCUCGGUCGCCAAGAUCUUGAUCUUUGGUUCAACUUUGCUCUUUCUUUUGCAUUUUUCGGGGGAAUGUUUGUAUUGAACCUGGUGCUGUACCUGGUGCCGCUCCCUUCCUUCAUUAAGUCAAAGUUCAGAGACUGACGACGUGUAUGACAAACUCAGCGAUGACCCAAAAAUAUAUUAGUUGUAUUUACUCAUGUGCAUAUUAUAUUGUUUAGUUGCAUUUAUUUAGUACUAAUAAGUUAUUUAUUCUUUAGUAAUUAUGAACUUGUGUAUAGAUUCUUCUAUCUGUGACCAUGUCAGGCACUGUAAAGGUGUUCUUACUGUAAGAUAAAAUUUUCGUUGGUGUCCAGAGUCACAAGUUGUCGUGAGGUGAAUUAUUCCUCGUAACUUACUAUGUUAUAAUGCACCUAACUGGCUGAAUUAAGCUAAUGAGAAAUGUAACGUGAAAAAAUAAGAUCAAUAACACUAAGUGACUGUAACUUAACCAGGUAUGUUCAUCGUCGGCUCCAGAUAUGUGCUACGUGAAUUACUGUACCUGUGUGUACGUUAUUUUGGUUCAUUAGCUCGAGUCAAAUUAUUUACAUGAGUACAUCUUCAAUCACGUGGAAUAUUUAUUCUACGAACCUUUGUGAGUUAAUCUACAGUAUCCAGGUACCGCUAAUUGUAUCUCCCAUAAACUGUCAUUGAAUAUUUAAUAAUUUAUCUGAAAGAUUUGUUGGGAGUUUUUCUAUAAUUUUUGGAGAACUUUUGUAAUGAGGAAAAUAGUUAAAGGACGUUGUGUUACAUAAGCAGUGUUACCAACUAGUAGAAGUUGUGUUACAUACCCAGUGCUACCAACGAGGAGAGAAAAGGUUGUCUUUGUGAAGCUGUGUGUUUAGUUUUAUCCUUUAUCAUUAAUAAUAAAAUAUAAAACAAA